AAUGAGCUUUCUUGAACAAAGAGAUGUGCCAGUGUGGCUUCUGGAAAGCUGAGUGACUCAGAAAUCAGCCACUUCCUCGGGCUCGGUGAUGUGCAGGACAGAUUUCCUGUUUGCCUGAAGUUAAAUCUGAGCUGACCUGUCACUACAAAUGGACAGUUUUUCAAAGAUGAGGCUUGGUGGAGCAGCUUCUUGGUAUCUCAAAGAUGGAAGGCCAACUUUGUGCUAAUGUGGACAUUUCUGUGAAAAAGCCUCCAGAAACAAGCCCUCUGUCCUUCAUUGCUUUGCUGAAGGUUCACCGAGAGCUUCUGGUCAGUAGGAUCCGAAACACGCAGUGCUUGAUUGAUAACUUGAUUAAGAACGACUACUUCUCCACUGAAGAUGCAGAGAUUGUUGUCCAGUUUCCUACUCAACCAGAUAAGGUUCGCAAAAUUCUAGACUUGGUUCAAAGCAAGGGAGAAGAAGUUUCGGAAUAUUUCGUCUAUGUCCUGCAGAAAGUCACUGAUGCUUACUAUGAGCUUCAGCCUUGGCUGGAUGAAAUAGGUUACAAGCCUUCAGAGAAUAUUUGUAGUAAACCUGUGGUAAAUACAGAUCCAGUUAGCAGGUAUUGCCAGAAACUCAGACAUGAACUGGGACGGGACUCCAAGUUUUUUAUGCUGUACGCUCAGAAGGAGGAGAUGCUUCUUGAAGAAAUUUACUCCAACAGUAUUAUGGAGCUGGUCAGUUUUACCAAUGAGAGUCUUGGCCAGGUGGGACAAUUAGAAGCCCUCUUUGAUGAUGCAGUUGGGCUAAUUAAUGAAGAUGGAGAGACUGUUUAUGUCUACGGUGAUGCAGGAAUUGGAAAAUCCAUCUUGUUGCAAAAGAUACAAAGCCUUUGGGCCAGGAAGGAGUUGGACAUAGGGGCCAAGUUUUUCUUCUGUUUUCGGUGUAGGAUGUUUAGCUGCUUCAAGGAAGAUGAAGCCAUAUGUUUGAAAGACCUGCUCUUCAAAUAUAAUUGCUACCCAGACCAGGACCCCGCAGAAGUGUUCCGUCACAUCUUGCAGUUCCCUCAUACAGUUCUUUUCACCUUUGAUGGCUUUGAUGAGAUCUAUUCCAGCUUUGAUCUCAGCAGCGUACCUGAGGUAUGCUCACCCAAUGAACCCAUCCACCCCCUGGCACUGCUCGUAAGCCUUCUCAGAGGAAAGCUUCUUAAGGGAUCCAAGAAAAUUCUUACUGCCAGGACAGGAACUGAGAUCCAAAAAAACAUCAUUAGGAAGAAGGUGUUGCUCCGUGGUUUCUCCAGGAAUAACCUGAAUGAAUACACAGCUAUGUUUUUCAAAGAUGAGCAGCAACGAGCACUGGUGUCAAACCAGUUGGAAGCUAACCCAAAUCUCUGCAGUUUGUGUUCAGUGCCUUUAUUUUGCUGGAUUAUCUUUAAAUGCUUUGAGCACUUCCACUCCAGCCAGUGGUUUGACGGCCAGGAGCUCCCAGACAGUUCUGUUACAUUAACAGAUGUAUUUCUGCUCAUGAUUGAAGUACACCUGAACCGAUCAGUGAAAACAAGUUUGCUGAAGAGCAAUAUCAGAAGCCAAGCAGAGAUGUUCAAGUCAAGAAAGGAAAGUCUUCUAGCUUUGGGUAAAAUGGCAUACAAAGGGAUGGAGAACUCUUCCUUUAUCUUUGAGCAGGAGGAAGUCUCAUCGGCAAACAUCUCUGAAGAAGAUUUGCAAUUGGGCUUUCUCAGGACAGUUAAAGGUUAUAGUGGCUGUGACAGUCAGGCCACUUAUGAGUUCUUGCAUUUAACCCUUCAGUCUUUUUUCACAGCUUUAUUUUUGGUUAUGGAGGAGAAGGUGGGUACCAAGGAGUUACUUGAGUUUUUCAGUGAAUGUUCUUCCAUGGAGACUGCCCAGCCUACUUGCCUUCGUAUCCCCUGGCUGAAGAAACAACUAGCAGGGGGGGAUCCUUUCCAAAAUAAAGAACACUUUAAUUUUACCAACAUGUUUCUUUGUGGCCUGCUUUCUGGACCCAGGCAGAAGCUCUUCAGACAUUUAGUUUCACCUGCGGUCAUUAAGAGGAAGAGAAAAACACUCAUCACAUACCUUGGGGAGAGCAUGAAAUCCCGCCUGAAAGGCUACACUCGGUCCAGGCUGAAAAGCUACAACCAGGUGCAGGUGCAGCCCAACUUUGUGUGGAUGCUGAGGUGCCUGUAUGAGACGCAGAGUGAGAAGGUGGGGAGGAUGGCAGCCCGCCGCAUGCACGCCAACUACAUCAAGCUGGCCUACUGCAACGCCUGCUCUGCCGACUGCAGCGCCAUUUCCUUCCUUCUGCACCACUUCCAAAAGCGCCUGGCUCUGGAUCUGGACAACAACAACAUCAAUGACUAUGGAAUAAAGCAGCUGCAACCUUGUUUCAGCAAGCUUGCAGUCAUCAGGCUGAGUGUAAAUCAGGUCACAGAUCAUGGCGUGAGGAUCUUGUAUGAAGAACUCUCCAAGUACCAAAUUGUGUCUUUCUUGGGCUUAUACAACAACCAAAUCACUGAUGUUGGAGCCAAAUACGUUGCAAAAUUAAUUGAAGAGUGUUCAAGCCUGGAAUAUGUUAAAAUAGGAGCAAACAAAAUAACGAGCGAAGGAGGGAAGUGCCUUGCCCAGGCCAUCCAGAAGAGCAAGACAAUGUUUGAAAUUGGGAUGUGGGGUAAUCAAGUUGGAGACGAAGGAGCAAAGGCAUUUGCAGAUGCCCUGAGGAACCACCCCAGGUUAACAAACGUGAGUCUUGCAUUCAAUGGCAUCACAACAGAGGGAGGCAAGAGUAUUGCUGAAGCCAUGCAGCACAACAACUCCGUGAGGAUAUUCUGGUUGACUAAAAACGAGCUGGAUGAUGAGGCAGCAAUGAGUUUUGCAGAGAUGCUGAAGGUCAACAAGAAACUGGUGCAUUUAUGGCUUAUCCAGAAUCAAAUUACAGCCAAAGGGGUGAAGUGCCUCAGUGAAGCUCUCAAGGAGAACACGACUAUUCAAGAAAUCUGCUUGAAUGGGAACCUGAUAAGCCAAGAAGAGGCCAAAGCUUUUGAAAAUGAAGAGCGGAUCAUUUGCUUUUGAAUGAGGACUUUCCCAUUUUGCCAAGUUGGUGUUAACAAAGGCUACUCCUACACUUGGACUGCAGAGUUUAUAAAGGCAUCAGUCUACAGUGCUCGUGGCAGGAGAGAGAUACACAAUAAGCUGCCUUUUUAUGAACACACUGCACUCCCUCAGCUCCAUCUCUUACCCUGCCUGUUAUUUUUUAUCCUUUUGGUGAGUGGGAAGCUGUCUGGGUAAAUAAUUAAUGUUUGUUUGGUGCUUUGAAGAUGAAAUGCAAAGUGUUAACAGACUAAGUCCACUGGCAGGUGUAUCCAUUUUGAUAACUGAGUUUAGAUCUAUUCUGUACAGUGAUGUAAAUAAUCUGUUAACUUAUUUAUAUUCAUAAAUAAAGACAUACAAGUAUGCAUAUACAAGAAAGGGUGCAAGAUGCACAAACUCCAUCAGCUCUGAGUAUUACCUGCCUCAGAACUGAAAAUGAAUAUAUACACAGCUUUACCAGAAACAGUAUCUAUAGUAGUUGCUUGGUGUUUUGAACAUUAAUUCCUUCUUCCUGCCUAGAAAUUAGGUCCCUCUUUCUCCACUGACUACAGGCAGCAUCACAGACACUGCUUUUUUUUUGUUGUUGGGGUUUUUUGGAUGGGUAGGAACAGAUGCAUCAGGCUCAGAUUAUUUUCAGUAAUCUUUUUGUCUCAUAUCAAAGCCAGUCCAUUUUCUUUCAUGCAACCAGAAGCCCUUGCUGCCAUCACAUUUUUUUAUGGUAAAGCCAUAACACGGGCAGUAAACCACUUUUGCUUCACAUUUCCAGAGGGCUGCAUAGAAACAGCUGCCUCCUGUUUCCACAGUGUUUGUUCUGGGGAGGGGGUCUGGAGAGAAAUGUGAACAAUUAAUUAGCAGGCUGUUCAUUGCCUUGGCUCCUGGCCUCAGCUCCGUGCUGGUGCCACUACACCAAUGUCACGUUGCCCAGCAUCAGUGGGGAGAAAGGACAAUUGAAAAUCAACUGCAUCAAGUAGAAAUCCCUUCUCCCAGCAACAGGCAAGCACACAGGAGGAUUGAGAUUGGCCUGGAAAGCUUUUAGUCUGUGCUUGAAUCAGUGGACACAGCAAGGCAAGGGGCAGUAGUAAUAACAAGGACCAGCAAGAAAACAUUAUCCUCCCCCAAAUGAUUAUUGCUUAGGUGUGGAGAGCCUGGUUUAAGCAUGGCUUAAAGAAAAAGGCCAUGAAGGUAUUCAGCUAAGGGAAAAAGCAGCCUUUCCCAGGCUUGAUCCUGUAAAUAAUUAGGUUCUCAGCCACCUUUUAUAUAAACAACAAGAUUCUCAGACCGUUCUGUCCUUGGCUGCUACUGGGAACAGACAGCCAGUCUGGGAAUAGAUAUGAAGGUUUUGAGAACUCUUCAUAUCGUGGUGGGAACACUGAUCUUGGUUUCAGUAAACUAACUUCAGGUAUUGUAAACAAAAGGAGGAGCUGAAGUUUUCUCUACAGCCUGUCAGGAGCUCAGAUUUUGCAAUAUGCAUGAACUUAAUUAACACGGUUAUAAAAAGUGACUGGUUGAGUGAAUAAACGGAGUCAGAUGCUGAACAAUAAAGUUGGGUCUUCUCCCUCCAACUUCAAUACUUAGGGAGUGUAACUUUAGAGGCUUUAAAAGAAAUCAGUUAGCAAAGGAGUGGGAUGUUUGAUUAUUUUUUGUGGGAGCUUUAUAAACUCAAACUCUACCCUACAGUGUAGGGGGUAGAGUUUGAGUUUAUAAACCUAAAAUGGAAAAGUGUGAGCCAUUUUUUUUCCUCUCCAUGUUACCAUUCCCCACCCCCUGCCCCCAAACUUGGAGAAACAAUUCUCCAGUUGCUGACAAACACACAAAACCUUGGUAGGUUGGAAGAAGAAUCUCCAGUUAAAAUCCCAGACCAACGAACCCUCACCUCCUCAUCUCCCAAAUCUGCCCCACGAAGCAAAGAAAGUGCUUGCUUUGUAGGUCAGAGCUUCUCCAUUUCCUAUGAGGUAGCAAACCUUUCCUAGCCCUCAAUUCUGUCUACACCCUUCAGCUCCCUAACACAUUCUCAAAUACUCACUGGGCUUCUCACAAAACCUGCAGUUAUAAAGGAUAAAAAGGGAAGAAAACCAACUUAGUUAUUUUUCAGUGGCUUUUCCUCUGUGCCUGUGGUAUCAACACUGAUUUUUCCCAGGGAGACAGAUGAGGUUUUCCAACCAUGCCAGAGGGAACUCAGCUAACUUGAAUGAUUUCUGCACCUGAGCCAUUUGUUUACUGAAGCAAAAGGGCACACAGUUACAGAUGAGCUGGAUUUCAAUUGCUAAAACAUCUGCCAAAGCAAAGCCUUUAAAGACUUCUCAGUGACUUUAACAAAUCAGAGACUCAUGCACCUUGUCAGAGUGUGUUUUGCCAGCCUGCUCUGAUGGAAGGGAGAAGAUACUGGUGCAAGGAAGAGCCUUCACCAGAGGUGUAAUUUGCCUAUGUUUGAGGAAGUGUGCUCCUACUUUGCUCUAAUCACAGAAUUAUUUGCUCAUUUACCAGGUAGAAAAUACGUUUAAAACUACAGUUCCUGUCCUUGUUUCACUAAUUGACUGAAAUAGCAUCCCUCAAACUUUCCAGUGCAGUCACAUCUGCCCCUUUUUUGGGCUAGAGCAGCCUUUGGCAUUGUUUGUAGUGACAAGCUCAGCCCUGUUGCAAAUCUUGUUCCAUACCUGGCUGUUACAAGCUGGGCAUCCAGGGGGUGUUUUCAGGGACAGCAGCAUUUACAGGGCUGCAGCAGCAGCUAAAUGCAGCCUCAGGAUAAAUGUGGCAGGAUCAAGCCCAGCUCCAUGUAGGACAGAGUUUGGCACUGAAACAAGAUUACAGUGCCAGAGACAGAGCAAGUGACAGCCACUCCUUCCAGAGGUGAUUUUGGGCAGCAAACAUUUGUUUGGAUGGACUGAAGGUAUGAGCACAGCUCACUCUGGGUUUAACAAAACCAAGGAGUUUCAUAGCAUCCCGCUCCCAGCACCCCCAGAGCAGGGGGUCUGCUUCACAGGGCACAUCCCAGCUCUGGGAGCCAUGCAGGGCAAACUGGUGGCUGCUCUGGGAGCAGCAGGACAUCCCUUGUUUAUCUGCACAGCAUUUCUGGCUGAGGCUCUUCCUAGACUUACCAACCUGUUUGUAAGGGGCACUGGAGCAACACUUCUGCAGCUUGCAGGGAGAGCCUUGUUUACUCAGAGACAAAUGUAACUUUUUUCAGACUUGUUUGUAAUUUGCUGAAGCCUUCUCUGUACACUGUGUCAUGUUUUUCCACUCGUCCACUGUGAUA